AUGGCGGCAACGAUGGUGGCGAUGACGGCUAAGAGCAAGAGCUGUGUGCCGGCCUCGGAGAAGAAAAAUGGGUGGUCUAUCCCACCACUUCCGGAGCUCCGGUUCCCUUGGGAUUUGCACGAAGAGAAAAGCUUCUCGUUAAGCUUGCAUGACUCUGCCUCCCCUCAUGGUGGGCUGUUUGCUAGUGUUGGUCUUAAAGUGUCGGCUGCUGCUCCGGCAGUGUCAACCAGUCCGGUGGAGCAGGAAAUGAAGAUUCCUUUUGCUGAUCACUGCAUAAAGUAUGUCUCCUCAGCGGUCGGGUUUCCGGUUGUUGGGACACUGGCUCAGCCUGUUGAGGAGGAGGUGGAUGGAAAGGCCAGAAAGAAGGCCAAGAAGCGCGGAUUAAAGCUGAAAAUUAAGAUUGGGAACCCACAUUUGCGGCGGCUGGUUAGUGGAGCUAUUGCAGGGGCUGUCUCGAGGACCUGUGUGGCGCCACUUGAGACAAUUAGGACUCACCUGAUGGUUGGAAGCAAUGGGGACUCGAUGACGGAAGUCUUCCAGUCAAUUAUGAAGGCAGAGGGGUGGACAGGGCUGUUUCGUGGAAAUUUUGUAAACGUUAUCCGUGUUGCUCCAAGCAAGGCGAUUGAGCUAUUUGCUUUUGAUACAGCCAAGAAAUUCUUGACUCCAAAGGCUGACGAGUCCCCCAAGACUCCCUUCCCUCCAUCACUUGUGGCUGGAGCACUUGCAGGAGUCAGCUCAACAUUGUGCACAUAUCCUUUGGAAUUGAUCAAGACCCGUUUGACCAUAGAGAAAGAUGUCUAUGACAACUUCCUCCAUUGUUUCAUCAAGAUUGUACGAGAGGAAGGCCCCUCAGAGCUUUACCGUGGUCUGACACCAAGUCUGAUAGGAGUGGUGCCAUAUGCCGCGACCAAUUACUAUGCCUACGACACCCUAAGGAAGCUCUACAAAAAGACAUUCAAGCAGGAGGAAAUCAGUAACAUUGCAACUCUCUUGAUCGGUUCGGCUGCGGGUGCCAUCUCGAGCACCGCCACCUUCCCCCUUGAGGUAGCUCGCAAGCAAAUGCAAGCUGGAGCAGUUGGCGGGAGGCAGGUCUACAAGAACGUAUUCCAUGCUCUUUACUGCAUAAUGGAGAAGGACGGGAUUGGCGGUCUUUACAAGGGGCUUGGACCAAGCUGCAUCAAGCUGAUGCCUGCGGCGGGGAUCUCAUUCAUGUGCUAUGAGGCCUGCAAGAAGAUACUGGUUGAAGCUGAGGAGUAGAGUGAAGCAUGUGCCCUUGUAGAAGAGGCAGGAGGAUCAAGUCGUAUCUUUCAAGAAAAGAAAACUGGAUGAUCAACUCGUCAGAAAUUUAGGUCCCAGGAUUUUGAUAUAUCUGUUAGAUGAAGUUUUGGCUUCGAGUAGUUUGUGUGUUCCGAGUUGAAAUCUAUAAACAGCAUUCUGGCUAGCGGAAGCAGUUUUGUCAUGCCACUUUGCUUCUCUGCUAACCUUUCUCCCUGUUGCUACCAGAUCUUGCAAUCUCAACAUGGUGCAUGGUCGAAUCUUUUUUUUUGUGUGUGGAUUAUCCAGGAUAUCCUGCCAAUUGCUGUUUGAUGAUUUACCUGUGACGAUUUCCGAUGAUGUAAUCAUGUGGACCUGGAUUUUCGAGGUUCUCAAAUCAUGGUAUUCGGGUUAUGA